AUGGCUCCAGCAGUGACGGAGGAGCCCAAGAGGCCCAUCAUCAUUGGAAAUGUGGCCGGCGCGAUGGAAGACUGUCCCUAUGCCAUGCAUCGUAUGGUAACCGAGGGCUAUCUGGACGCCAUCGCAGGGGACUGGCUGUCGGAGUUGAACAUUGCGUGGAAUGCCAUCCGCAAGCACGACGACCCCACCAAAGGCUACGAAGUCGGGUUUCUGGAACAACUGGAUGACUGCAUCGACAUAAUCGCCGAGAAGAAGAUCAAAUGCGUCUCGAACGCUGGCGCCCUCAAUACUCCCGAGUGUGCCAGGAAAGCCAUAGAGAUUUGCCAAAAACACGGCCAGGGGCAUCUCAAGGUAGCCUAUGUCCAGGGCGACGACAUCUCCGAGAUCGUGGUCGACCCAGCCAAGCAGCAGGAACUCGGGGGUAUCGUCCAUCUCGACCAUCCGGAGCGGAAGCUGGAGGACUGGGACCGCGAGCCCUACUGCGGAGUGGCCUACAUCGGGGCAUGGGGCAUUGUCGAAGCCCUUCGCAACGGCGCCGACAUUGUCAUCUGCGGUCGAGUCACCGACGCCAGCCCUGUCAUUGCGCUUGCAGCCUGGUGGCACAACUGGUCUCAUGAUGCGUGGGACGAACUGGCCGGGGCGCUGAUUGCUGGACAUCUGAUUGAAUGCGGACCCUACGUGACCGGAGCCAACUUCUCCGGGGUCAGACCGUAUCUGGAGGGUCUGGUGGACUUGGGCUUUCCCAUUGCAGAGAUUGCUCACGACGGCUCCGUGGUCAUCACAAAACACCCCGAGGCGGCCGGGUACGUGGACGAGUUCAACGUGCGCGCCCAGUUCUUGUACGAAAUCCAAGGCACCAAGUAUAUCAACUCCGACGUCAGUGCCGACAUUGAAAAUGUUCGAAUCGAGAACACCGGCAAAAAGGAUCGAGUCCGCGUCUCAGGAGCCGUGGGAAGCCCUCCGCCCCCGACAACCAAGGCCAUCGUGGUCGCUAUCGGCGGAUACCAGGCGGAGGCGACCUUCUAUAUGAACGGGUUGGACAUCGACGCCAAAGAGCAGUUCAUGCGCCAGCAACUGGAAUAUGCCUUCAAGGAUGCCAACUUCUUGGAGUUGAGCAUCGAACGUCACGGGUCGGCGGCCGUUAAUCCUCCUCGGCAGGCUCUGGGCACCGUCGGGUACAGAAUACUGGUGAAGGCCCGGAACAAGGAGGACAUCCGCGAGGAUGUGUUUCGCAAGCAUGUUUAUGCGCUGCGCAUGCAGUUCUACGCCGGAUAUCACAUGUCGUUGGAUUUCCGGACCAUGUCGCCCAAGAUGUUCAUGGAGCUCUUCCCGGGAAUCAUUUCAUAUACACGCCUGCCACACCGCAUAGUGGUGGACGGGCAAGAAAUCGCCAUCAAGCACCAUGGCAUAACCGAACCACCUCCGGGCAAGAGGCCUAGCAAGGAAACCGAGAACCCGAUACCUUUGGAGACGUUUGGGCCGACAAAGUCCUUCCCCCUGGGCUCGGUAGCCCACGGCAGAUCGGGAGACAAGGGCGACAAUUGCAACGUGGGUAUCUUUGUCAGAGGCGCCGAAGAAUACAAGUGGCUGCAGUCGGCUUUGACCAUACCAAAGAUCGUGGAGUUGAUGGGCGAAGACAUCAAGCCAGGUGUGACCGUCGAGCGCUGUGAGUUUCCUCAGAUCUGGGCGGUACACUUUCGAUUCCUCGACUUUCUGGGCGGAGGAGCGGCCAGCAGUACAAGAAUCGAUAUGUUGGGCAAGGGCGUGGCGGAAUAUCUGAGAAGCAAGUAUCUGGACAUACCGGUCAAGUUCUUAGACAGUCCUAUCUCUGUAGCAUGA